AUGCAGGAGAUCACGGAGUAUUCCACGGGUCCUAUCGAGGACGAUGACGAAAAUCCGCAGGGUUCAAGUAGCACGGUGAUUCUUCCGAAACUGGCUUUAAAGCAAAAGGAAGUGAUUGCGCUUGUGAAUCUACGGCCGGGAGCGACAGUGGUUCCACAUCAAAUGGGCAUGGUAGUCGAGGAAAUUUCAGUCCUCGCACAGGCAGUUCAUGACGAAGAAACGGUCGAAGAAGGCCACAGUCUAAACUACGAUGAUGGUGAUGAUGAUGAUGAUGUAGAAAAGGACGAUAACGACAAAGAAGCUAUAUCAGGAACCGACGACGCCAAGAACAGCAAUUUCGAAUCGUUUGAUUUUGAAGAUGACGACAAAGAUUUCUAUGAAAGUGAAGAGGACGAUGAUGAUGAUGACAGAGCUAAGGAUGGAGAACAAGUCGAUCCCUUAUUGAAAAUAACAGCCCUAAAGCAAAAUGAGAAAGAAACAAAGGUGUGUUUAAGAGUGGCAAAGGAACAGAUGUCAAGAAGUCCGUCAGUAUCUCUGAAGCUGCAACAUCAGCUAUCUAAGGUAAAAUAA